GAAAACCUAUUCGUACCUCUAACAAUUAGUAUGUAGAAAAUUUAUAAGAUUCGUUUUAAUUGCAAAAAAAAAUUCAAAAAUAAAUUUAGAAAAAAAAAUAUAAUAAAAAGAAAGUAUCGAACGUUAAAAAUACCCUUGCCAAAUUAUUGUUUUAAAAAUUUUGUCCAUGUAAACAUAAAUGUCGUUGGAAAUGUCAAAAUUUUACGCCGGAGCUCGCGCCGUGGUAGUAAAUUCACCUGUUGCAAUCGAUCGGUCCAGGUUACCUACUUCAUACCAAGUAAAACCCAAGGAGAAGCAGAAAAUAGUAACAGCAGCAAACAAGAAAACACUAAGUAAUUUAAAGGUCGGCAAUGGAGAAUCCAGAGCAUCAGCUGGACCGUCCAAAAAUAAUACAUCAUUAACAUCAAGUAGGAAUAGAAGUAGCUCAGUAGCAGCGGCAUCAGCAGUUCGAAAAGUUGGAACCAACGGAGUUAAUUUUUUAAGUAGUAAUAAGAAUCCAGACAAACCUGUUCUUAAUGCUUUAACUAUGCAAAAUCAGCGCAAACAUAUAACACAUAACUCAAAUCAACGACUUUACCAACUGCGUCAAAAAAGUAUCUUUAGCCAAGGACAUCGUCUAUCAUCUCAGGGCGCGGCUUGCAACUCUAAGUGCCAGUCUGAUCUUAAAUGGAUCAUGCGGCCUUUAGGGACCUUCAAAUCAGAGAGUGAUUCUUCAUCAGAAAUCAAUGGCCGGAUUCGCAAGCUGAAAUGCAAAGAAAAGCUUGAGCCUGCAUCUUAUCUGACUGUUAAGACUUCCUGGCCCAACGAUAUACGUCGUUGUCGAUGUCUGCGAACAACGGAUCCAAGGGAACAGAAGAGCAAGCGUUCGCGUGUGUUUUGCGUACCUAGUCAACGUAUUAUGUUGGUAGAUCAGCUGAAGCAAGCUCAGGUGCAUCAUGUAAAGGAAAAGCGCGUGCGUUCCCAGCACAAAGAGCAACCGAAAGCGUCAAAACAUGAACAGAAUCAGUAUGUCCAACCAGAAAAAGCUUCCGCGUUGGAGAUGUACGAAGUGAAGGAGACAACGUCCAUAAUACAUAAUAGCGAAAUAUUAAAGAAACAGCACAAAGACAUAUUAAUAACGAUCAAAGAAAAUUGUGAUUUGAACCAGAAGGUCAGCAUUGGCUGCACCAGCAUUAGUAGCGGUAGUUACCAGACAACUAUUGCCUGUAGUUCAACUAGUUGCCAUCAAAGUGACAGCAUUGGCAAAAUGUGGUGUUGUGGUCAAGAGUACGAUACUCCUAUUGUAGAACAUAAUGGCAAUUCCAAGUCCAUAAAACUGACUUCCACCGUGAUAAAAAUAAUACCUAAAUCUUCGGUAGAGAAGAACGUAGCGAUUCCAGUACAACGCAAGCCGAUUAACUUACCUUCAUCACACGGGCAAGGGACCCAACUUAAUACACCUCAACAUAAGCCAGUAACAGUAUGUCUUCCCCAGUUGGUAACAUGCACGCCGACCCCGAAAAUAGUUCGAGUCGAACAGCACAAGAUUCCGCGGACCAUGGAGGAUGGCAUCGAUAUGAGUUAUCAGUACUUUGUGUCCACACCACUGAAGCGCGGCAAAAGACCGCAAACUAUACGAUAUCUUUAUCGACCUAUGGUGCGUAGCCUCAACAAUUCGCCCACAAAGCAACUAAGAAGGUUAAAAAGAAGUCAUGCAAACAUAAUGAACGCAGAAAAUAAAGGAACACUUACAGAUGAACUGGAAGUGCCACUACCCCUGAAUACAUUAUCGGCAAUCUCAAUGCCAGUGCCUGAGCCACAACAUACAUUUAAGCCUCCUCCACUUAAGAUCAAUGCAAAAUACAGACCGUUGUUAGAGAAACUCUCCAAAAUGCCCUUCCCCCCUGAAAUGUCAAAGGAACGGCUGAAGCAGGGCGGUUCAGGCGAUGCUCUGCCUUCCGAUCGGAUGCCCGUUACACAAUUAGUGAUGGAGGCGCAGGAUGGUGAAAUUCAACCAUCACUCCUGGAUUAUCACCCAAAUGCAACUCGUUUGGAUUCAAAAUCAGGAGCCUACAUAUCCUAUCACGCCCCACUGCAUUUUCAGAGCAUGACUGGAUGCAGAGCCCCAUACGACACUAGAAAUCCCGAUACUGGGUCUUCAUUUUUGUUAGCAGACGCUUUUUCUCCAACAAUAGCAGCUGUUACAUUUGAUGACAUAGAGCUGCAAAUUAGUCAGCAGCCUAGCACUACAAACAAAUGUGUUAGUUUUCAACUGACUGAUCUUUGUAGUAGUAGCAUUAGCAACACCAGUCGCAUAGCAUUAGAUAAAAAAUCCUGCAAGAAAAAAAGAGCCAAUACCAAUCGUAAGAGCAAAAAUAAGGUUGCCAAGAAAGUCGAAAGCAAAGGGCAAAAGUGAAUUAGUCUACAAUAUAAGACGCAUUAACUAUGUAAAAAGCCAUGUUUUAAAUAUAUUUUGAAAUUGGCGGGUCA